CCGUGCAGUGCAUUGUGUGCGCCGCUUCUUCUUCCUCGCCAGUCGAACUGGCACCGUUGGCAGCUCCGCUCGUGCAACACUGCCACCGUGCGGACAGAGCGUUCAGCACACCCCGGGGGAUGCCGUUGACUUUGUCAGGUACCCAUAAAGAAACAGAUGAAUGAAAUGAUGGAUUUCCUGUUUGGGAGGAGAAAGACACCGGAGGAGAUCCUCCGGCAGAACCAGAGGGCGCUGAACCGCGCCAUGCGAGACCUGGACCGGGAGCGAAUGAAGCUGGAGCAGCAGGAGAAGAAGAUCAUCGCCGACAUAAAGAAAAUGGCCAAACAGGGACAAAUGGACGCCGUCAAGAUCAUGGCCAAGGAUUUGGUUCGCACGCGGCGCUACGUCAAGAAGUUCAUCAUGAUGAAGGCGAACAUCCAGGCGGUCAAUUUAAAGAUACAGACGCUCAAGUCCAACAACAGCAUGGCGCAGGCGAUGAAGGGCGUCACCAAGGCCAUGGCCACCAUGAACAGACAGCUGAAGCUACCUCAGAUUCAGAAGAUCAUGAUGGAGUUUGAAAAGCAGAGUGAAAUCAUGGACAUGAAGGAGGAGAUGAUGAACGACGCCAUCGACGACGCCAUGGGUGAUGAAGACGACGAGGACGAGAGCGACGCCAUCGUGUCCCAGGUGUUGGACGAGCUGGGCCUGACUCUGACCGACGAAUUGUCACAUCUCCCGACCCCGGGAGGAAACCUGUCGGUGGCUGCGGGGAGGAAGGCCGAGCCCCAGCCCACGCUCGCCAACGCAGACGCCGAUCUGGAGGAGCGACUGAACAACCUCCGAAGAGACUGAACGCGCAGUAUCUGACGGACGGGGGUUCGUCGACGCAGAAGCAAAUACACUCAAAUCUCUUGUCGUGUCUAGAUUCUUUUUGAAGAUUGUAACUGGCAGAACACCGACUGUUUCACCGCAGACGGCCUGUGUGUGGUUUUCAUUUUGAGGUGUCUUUAUUAUUAUUUUUUCUGGUUUACGCGUCUAUCUUGUAUUUUAUCCAAAAAAUAAAUCAAACGAAAAACCCCAUCAAGGGUCGUUCUCAUUCAUAGGUUAUAGAAAAACUCAUGUCACAUGUAAAAAUCUAUGCCAAAAUGACGCAGAUUCUCUGACAGUGAAGAUCAAAAUCACAGUCUGUGUAAAUACGAACUCAUCGAGACUCGUUGAUGUUUUCACAAAUUAAAUUAACACUAAUCACGAAAUGUUACAAAGACCCCAGAUGGAAGCUGCUUGUAUUGCAGAAGUGGAUAUUUUAUACGGGGGACGUACAGUACGUACACAUACAUAUUCAACACUUUCUGUAUCAAUACAGGUUUGGUGUUCUUUGUAUUAUCAUCAUAUAAAAUCUGCUCGUUUAAGCCCGACACAAGCUUUUGAUUGUGGGAGUCGACUGAGUCAGGGUGUAACGGAAGAUUAUGUAAAAAAAUAAAAGUGGAUUAUCUUAACAACGUUUCUGUCUAUAUUCACUAACAGGAGGGUUAGUUUUCCAAAAAAUUAUAUAUGAAUGAUUAGAGACAAUGAGUGAAAGUGUGUUGAGCCCACUGACUCUUCACCAGAGGAACGUCAUCGGGAGUUUCACCAAAUCUCUGAUAAACUGUCCUGGUUUUUGUUUUAUUUUUUGCCUUUUCUUUAUUCAAUAAACAUUUUUCCAUAUUUAA